AUGAUGAUCCAAAGUGAUAGACAGUCUGAUCUGGAGUAUGCAGACGACCUUGUGCUGCUAAGUGAAGAUUCAGGUAAGCUGCAAACUGUUCUGGAUAGUUUGGAUGCCAGUGCAGCCAUGUUUGGUAAGCGUUUUGCACCUUCGGUUUGUAAAAUGUUGCUCAAGAACUGGGUUGGUACACCUCCCAGCUUCACCCUCACUGAGGAAGUGGCAGGCACGACCCCUGAGAAUGUUUUCGAAAAUCGCUAUGUGCACCACAAACAACCCUCAGAUCGAAAUGUGUCUUACGAGGAGGGAAGACGGGGUGGUAAAAAUGGGCCCCAUAUACGGGCGGGAGAUGCGGGCACAGAUGCUGAUGGUUCGGAAAAAACCGGGAUUGUUCAAUGA